AUGUGUCUGUGUCUCCGGCCGGCAGUGCUGGGGGGGAACUCCGAAGACGCCUGCGUGUUCCCGUUCGAGUACCGGCAGAAGACGUACUCGGAGUGCAUCAUUAGUAAGGCCGGCGGGCGGACCUGGUGUGCCACCACCGCCAACUACGACCGGGACAGACUGUGGCGUUACUGCGGGACCCACGUGGAAGGCAACGAAAAGGCCCCGUGCAUCUUCCCCUAUAAAUAUGGAAACCGGGAUUUCUUCGAGUGCAUCGGCGGGAAUCCCUGGUGCGCCACGUCCCGCCACUACGACACAGACCAGAGGUGGCGCUACUGCUACAAACAAGCCUACGGGGGCAGCUCCAAAGGGCAGCCCUGCGUCUUCCCUUUCCGCUACGAGGGCCGCGUCCAGGUCACUUGCCCCCGGGACGAGGAGGGAGUCUACUGGUGCGCCACGACCAGCGACUACGACCGGGACCGACUCUGGAGCUACUGCCCGGACACCCCCCCCGGAGGCAAUAAUCCCACGGGCCCCUGCGUCUUCCCCUUCCUGUACGGUGGGAAGAACUACACCAGCUGCAUCCAGGCCGGGGACGGUAAACUCUGGUGUGCCACGACGUCCAACUAUGACCGGGAUCGGAAGCGGAAGGACUGCUCCGUGCGAGGUGGCGGGGGUGGGGAGGGGGCCCGGGGGAAGGGCUUCGUGGGUGACCGUGGGAGACGCUCCCCGAAACGCACAACCACCAGCCCCUAG